AUGUCCUAUCUCAUGCGGGAGUUCGAGUAUGAACCCGAAAUACUUGGAUUUCGAUGUAUACCGCUAACCUACCUUAAAAGGAAGGAAAGAGCCUAUGCGCAAAAGCACCCCUUCUUUGGACAAUCGCACGGUACUCAAAGGCGAAAGAAGGCUGGUCAGGGUAAGACAACACAGCGUAUAAAGGAAACCGACUUACGAGCGCUGUGUGGCGCCCAUGGUUUCAUUGUUGGUCUUUGGCCUGGUCUGCUCCCGUUCCCCGAUCUUUUGGCUGUUGCCGAGGUGACUGGUGGCAAGUGGAUGCCAAAAGAGGAGACGAUCGCCACCCGCACCGGAGGAGAUAAGGAGGAUGCUACGUGGAUCGAUUUCCGUCUCGUUCCAGAAGACAAUGCUCGAGUUUAG